AUGGUAAGGUUGGGCAAUAACUUCAUUGAAGAUUAUAGGCAAGCUAUGGCAACCCAAGAUGUUAGGCAUGGUGAUCCUACAGUAAGUACAGCAGUAGUCUGGGCACCGCCACCAAGUGGUCUAUUUAAGCUCAAUGUUGAUGGAGCUUGCUUUAAUGACAAAGGCAAGGACUCGGUGGCAAUUGAGUCUCUUGUUGUUCUGGUGGGUCUACAAGUAGCCAAAGACAGGGGUUUUCAUGAUUUUCAGCUGGAAUCAGACUCAGCUAUAGUGUGCCGCUUCCUUUCUGACUGUUCUUUCCACCGUGCUUCCGUCAGGGCGGUGCUUCAGUCGUGCGUUUUGUUAAUGGAUAAUUUAGGUGUGUCUUUGUGUUCUCAUGAACAACGUGAUUUGAAUCAGGUUGCCCAUUUCAUGGCUAGGAACUCUCAUCGCACUCUAGGUACCAGAGUGUGGAUGGGGAAAGUUCCAGCUUGGGCUAUGUCUAGUUUGUAG